AGGAGCUGUGCGACCAGCUGCGGAGGUACGAGCUCGCCGACCCCCGCAUGGACCCCGACUCCAUCGGCCUGCUGAUGGAGCAGCUCCCGACCAAGGAGGAGAUCGAGAAGAUGAUGAAGCACGAGCACGAGGUGGAGGAGCUGCGCGACGUGGAGCAGAAGGUGUUUCCUUUCGUGCUUCUGCCCAAGUGCGUGGCCCUGCUGCGGCUCAUGAAGCUGGGAAAGACUCAUUCGGGUGCGUCGUCGAAGCUCUACCAGCGGUGCGACGUGCUGAGGGCGGCGAGCGAGGAGGUCCGCGGCAGCAGGCAGCUCCGAGUGAUCCUGCGCGCAGUGCUGAAGCUCGUGAACUACAUCAACCACGGCACCAAGGACAUCGGCAAGGGCACCAUGCGGAGUUUCCCCAUCGAGUCCCUCAACGCCUUGGCAACGUUCAAGGUGGGCCAGGCCUCCGGGCUGCAGAUCCUGGCGUUCACGACGCGAAGGGCGAGCUCGAAGUUCUUGCAGGGCCUGAAGCAGAGCCUUGGCCACGUCCAGCAGGCUGCCAAGGAGAAGACCGCAGACAUCAAGCAGGGAGUCCACGCCUUCUCGCAGGAGCUGGCCUUCGCCCAGGGCCAGGUCGCCCGCAUCGAGGGCAGCUCGCCCGAGAGG